UCAAACAUCUUAGCCCACCGCUAUCAUAUCGCUACAAGUUAGCAAUCUAUUGAAGAAAAUGAAGGAUACGAGAUAACAAGUCCAAGAGCGCUAAAAAGUCGCAAAAAUCAUCUCGCAGCCAUGGCUUCUCUGCUCCUCUUCCUCCUCCUCUCCUCUCUCUUCUCCACCUCAUUGUCAGACCCGCUUUCUCUCCAAUCCCUCUCCGCCUACGACGUCCUCAAAACGUACAACUUCCCCAUCGGUCUGCUCCCCAAAGGCGCCUUGGGCUACGAUCUCGACCCCACGACCGGAAAAUUCUCCGCCUACUUCGACGGAACCUGCUCUUUCUCCAUCCAAUCUUACCAGAUCCGCUACCAAUCCACCAUCUCAGGUACCAUCUCGACCAACCAUCUCAGCAAUCUCCAUGGAAUUAGCGUUAAGGUGCUCUUGUUCUGGAUCAAUAUCAACGAGGUUAUUAGAACAGAAAACGAUCUCGAGUUCUCGGUAGGUAUUGCUUCCGCUGAUUUCCCGAUCGGUAACUUCUACGUUUGUCCGCAGUGUGGAUGUGGGUUGAACUGUGAUGGUGUUGGUGGGGUGAAACUGAGAUCGAUUGUUUAGAUUGAUUUGGUUUUAAGGAUGGAUUGGAGUGAUUCUUGGUUUCUAUCGUUGGAUUGUUUAUGCUUGAUUUUAGGGUUUUUGUGCCCUAUAAUUUCAAACAGGGGAAGCUUAGGGUUGAAGGAGCGUAGCAAAGAUAAGUUAUUUACUUAUUUUAGAAUAUCUCUGAUCUGUUUCUUAUUUUAAGCUAUCCGUCUUCUACCAAAGAUGAAUAAAAUAAAUAUAGAUAUUUUUGAAAGUUGUUA